AUGAGAUCAUUGUUUCUUCUUGGAUUCCUCUUACAAGCGUUAGGUGUGGGUGUGAUGGGUCAUCCCAAAUCCGUCAAUCAACUCAAAGGAUGUGACUUGACUGGCUUUGAAUCAAACUGCCUGAAGAACCUUUCCAAGCGCAAGUUAUCGAUGACCCACAACUCCGGAUAUUGUCCUGAGGCAGGUCCCAACAGCACCAGAUUUGAUUUGAAAGAUUACAACAAAUGUAUGACUGCUUUGAUCUCACGCCAUGCCACAUGUGCUUACUUCAAGGAUAUAGUUAUGUUUGUUGAAACAGAGUCCGGUGAAAAGGCCGUGUUUGAGGAACACAUAAUGGAUGUCAUGCUCAAUGAUCAAAGUUUGGUUGAUAAUCCACUUCAGCUUUUAAGUCAUAUGUCUCUCUCCUACAAAUCAGAAUUGAAGCCUAAUUAA